CAGUCCAUGUUCAGUCACGACGGCCUCGGCCCUCGGUGCCGCUGCCUUCUCGCCCUCAGGGUCAGAUGGAUACGCCUCCCUUCGCGCGCUUCCCCGCCGUUCCACCCGCCCGCCAUCGCGCCACUCAUGCCGCGAGCGCGCACGGUGAGCCCACCUACCGCGGCGUACGGAAGAGCGCGCGCCACACCAAGCCCCACCCCCGGUGCCGCCGCGCGGCCGUUCGGUGCGCCUGCGCCCUUGAUGUGUUCGGGGAAAUGCCACGCCGGAGAACCUGCGCCGGGUCUAUGCAGGAUCCACGCGCGGGUGCCCUUGCCGCAGGCAUCAACGUCGGCACUCUCGGCAGUCUCCACCCGAGCAUCUUCUCAAAUGAUUGACCGGCUCAUCGCGUCCACGGGGCUCCCCUGGCCCUGGCCCUGACGACCCAUGCCCAUUUCAGCUCCGAGCUGGUCGACCCACAGGUAAGGUAAAAAAUGCCGCUGGUGAUUUGGCAUCACAUGUUGCCUCCCUGGCCAAAUUCAACAACUGAAUGUGUUGUCUGGUUAUGGUUUCCUACUACGUUGGGAAUUUGGAAAAAUAUCCUACACAGCAUAGCACUUUGUAAAUUCCUUGGAAUAGACGCCUCUGCUUUGUCUUAGAUUGGAGGAAUCUUUGUUUCCCCCCUCCGACUGCUGUGGGAGAUUUUACAUAGUUUCGGCAGUGCCAAAAUAUGUCGAUAGAUACAAGGUUGUACAUACGUAUCAGAAAUAAUCAAGCAUCUCAACGAGGAUCUAGUUUAAGCCUGGCGAUAUAAAUGAUGCUUUGUCCUGUACUGCCUGUACCAUUUAUUCAAUAAAAUAUGCGUCGUACAAUGUCUUAGGCGUGGUUUGGUCCAAUACAUAUUCAAGCCUGCUAGGUCCAAUGCAUAUUCCUGCUUUUGCUCUUGCUGUUGUUGUGAUGCCUUAGGUGUGCCGCGAGAGAUGUCAGGGUUGCUUGGCACGGUUGUUGACGCAGCAAUAGGAUGGCUGGUGGAAAGCAUCCUUGGGAGCUUCUUCACUGGACAGAUGGAAGCAUGGACUCAUGAAAUCGGGCUUGCUGAAGAUGUGGAGAAGCUCAAAUUUGAGAUGAGGUACGUGGAGAUGGUUCUUGCUGCUGCCAGGGGAAGGAGGAUUGACAACAUGCCUCUGGCCCAGUCACUGGCUGAUCUCAAAGAACUACUUUAUGACUCAGAGGACGUGAUGGAUGAGCUCGACUAUUACCGACUCCAGCAACAGAUCGAAAAAGGGAAAGGUUGUAGUGCUCCUACUGGCACUAAGCCUGAGGAAAGCUAUGUGUCCUCAUCCCCUCUAUCUUCUGUUGUUAAAUUAGUACGCAGCACCACAAGCCAAAUAACUGAUUGGAUCUCACGCGGCAGAAAAAGGAAACGUGAAGAGGAGGGGCCAGCUCAUUGUAACAUGCUGCCUUUUGAGAUGAAAGAUAGCAUUUCUAAGAGGAUCAAUGUAAUAGUGAAUCUUCUACGCAGUAAUGGCAAUUCUGUGCAGGGGGCUCUUCAGCUUGAGAUCUUGCGCCCCAUUGCAACAUCAAGUAAGUGUCAGAAUAUUUCAAGGAAUACUUGCAUGACAACUUCUCUUUCAACUGAAUGUCAGAUGUACGGAAGGGAUGCAGAAAGGGAUGAGAUAAUAGCUCAGUUGAUAAAGGGGGGAUCUAGUGAUCUGAAUGUUUUUCCAGUGGUUGGCAUUGGUGGUAUUGGGAAGACGACGCUUGCUAGAUAUGUAUACCAUGAUAAAAGAAUUAAAGAUCAUUUUGAUUUGCAAAUGUGGGUCUGUGUAUCCACUAACUUCGAUAUAGUGGGGCUAACAAUUCAGAUCCUAGAGCAUGUAUGUGAAGAUAGACCGUAUGAGAAAAAAAGCAGCUUGAAUAAAUUGCAGGAGAUCCUUUUGGAAAAUAUUAGAAACAAAAGAUUUCUGCUUGUAUUGGAUGAUAUGUGGGAAGACAAGGACAGGAGUGGAUGGAUUAAACUCUUGGCUCCAUUGAAAAGUAACCAAGCAAACGGUUGCAUGGUACUAGCAACAACUAGAACAAAAUCAGUGGCAAAAAUGAUAGGAACUAUGGGUGAAAUCACAUUGAGUGGUCUGGAUGAAAAGGAGUUUUGGCUGUUCUUCAAGGCAUGUGCAUUUCGCAAUGUCAACUGCAGGCACCAUCCUAGUUUACAAUUUAUUGGGAAACAAAUUGCUAAAGUGCUAAAAGGCUGCCCACUAGCUGCACGAAGUGUUGGUGCACUUCUGAGCACAGAUGUUAGCUAUCAGCACUGGACGGCAGUUCGGGACAAAUGGAAAUCUCUUCAAGAAUAUGAUGAUGAUAUUUUACCCAUCUUGAAGCUCAGUUAUGAUCAUCUACCAGUUCACCUUCAGCGCUGUUUCUCAUAUUGCUCUCUGUUUCCAGAGGACUACCAAUUUAAUGGGAAAGAAUUGGUCCAUGCUUGGAUAUCACAAAAUUUUGUGCAGCGCAAAGAUCCUACCAUAAGAUUGGAGGAAACAGGGCACGCAUAUUUGGAAAGAUUAGUGGAUUUGGGCUUCUUCCAAAAGGAUGGCUCACACUAUAUUAUGCAUGACCUAAUGCACGUACUGGCUGGGACAGUUUCAGCAAAUGAGUGUGCUACUAUUGAUGGAUUGAAAUCUGAAUCAAUUCAAGCAACUGUUCGGCAUUUGUCUAUCAUAACUACUAAUUUUGAGGAAGAUGAACAUGGCAACAAUUCUAGCGAGAAGUUUGACAAAAUACUUCAGAAGGUUAGUUCUUGGCACAAAUUGAGGACCUUGAUGUUGUUUGGGCAAAGCAGCAUACAUUUAUUAGGGUCCUUGCGUACUUUUUGCAAGAGGGCUAAAUGUUUAAGGUUCCUAAGUGUGUCAGGUGUUGACAUCGGCUCUACAAACAGCUUGUUAAAUCUGUUCCAUCUUCGUUAUAUAAUGGCAUACGAAGUCAACAACCCUGCAUUUCGUCAAGCUUUGACAAGUUGUUAUCACCUUCAAGUACUGGAUGUGGGCAUUUCAGGCUAUCUUGAUGUACCUGCUGAUAUGAAUAAUCUUGUUAAUCUGCGCCAUCUUAUUGCUCAUGAGAAAGUGCACCAUGCAAUAGAUUGUGUCGGCAACAUGACCUCUCUCCAGGAGUUAAAAUUCAAGGUUCAAAAUGUUGGCAGUUUUCAGAUAGGACAACUUCAGUCCAUGAAUAAGCUUGUAUUACUUGGAAUUUCUCAACUUGAAAAUGCGAAGACUAAAGAAGAGGCAAGGGGGGCCAGGCUGAUAGACAAAGAGUAUCUAGAUAAAUUGUCGUUAUCAUGGGAGAAUAGUAGCAUGAAUCUUCAACCUGAGGCUGCGAAAGAUGUGCUUGAUGGUCUUCAACCACAUCAAAACCUCAAAAAUCUAGAAAUAACUGGAUAUGGUGGUGUUACCUCCCCAACCUGGCUUUCCAGUACUUUCUCAGUUACCUCACUGCAGAUACUUCAUCUAGAGAAUUGCAGGGAAUGGAAAAUUCUUCGAUCUAUUGAAAUGCCUUCCCUUAGGAAACUAACAUUGAUCAGGAUGUUGAAUAUAAUGGAAAUCUCAGUUCCUUCUUUGGAAGAGUUGAUCUUGAUUGAGAUGCCAAAAUUGGAAAAAUGUAUCGGUUCUUAUGGAAUGGAAUUGACCUCCCAUCUAAGGGUUUUGAUGAUCAAGAAUUGCCCUCAACUGAAUGAGUUCACUCUUUUCAAGAGUUACUCUUCUUUCGAAGCUGAGCAGAAGUCAUGGUUUCCGUCUCUCAGCAAACUCUCCAUCGGGCAGUGUCCUCAUAUAAUGAACAACUGGGAAAUCCUUCCACUAAGAGAAAUGGAGGCGCUAAAGGAGUUGGAGUUGAUGGACCUGCAUGUUGUCAGAGUGUCAGUUCCUUCUCUGGAGAAGUUGGUGUUGGCUAAAAUGCCAAGCCUGGAAUUUUGCAGCAGUCUAACGACUUUUCCACCUCUGCAAUUUUUACCUUCCCAAGGAGAUCCAAAGGAGUGGUCAUCUAACCUCCGUAGACUCACCAUCCACAAUUGCCCUCGUUUGAUUGUGCCGCAUCCUCUUCCGCCUUCUGCUCUAAUUUCUGAGUUGUCCAUCAGGGAGGUUUCUAAACUUCCAACAAUGAGGAUAAACUGGAGACGUUUCACUAUCGAAUCUAAUCAGUUGUGUGUUCUGGAUGAUAGCAUCUUGGCAUUUGAUAAUCUUAGGGGCAUAACAUCAUUGGAAAUAAAAAAUUGUCAAAAUCUGGUCUCUCUUUCAAGUGAAUUCAACCAGUUAUUCGCUUUAGAGCAUUUAAGUAUACACGACUGCCAUAUUUUUACCAAGUCAAACAUCAUGUCAGAGAUUGCCCAGGAAAACAGCACACCUGCAUGCAGCCUUGUCCUCCCAUCUCUCAAAUCUGUCAAUAUUAAAUCAUGUGGAGUAACAGGGAGGUGGCUAACACAAAUGGUUUCACAUUCGAAGUCCCUUGAGAACUUGCAAUUAAGGAACUGUCCACAGAUAAAGUUUCUAUCAAUCGGUCAACCUAGAGAAGCGGAAGGAACCAGCAGUUUGGCUUAUGCAGUGAUGACUUCAGCCCAAGAUGAACAGGAACUAAAACUGCCAUAUAAUCUCGUAUGUUCUCUCAAGAAAUUAUGGAUUAAGGAAAGCUGGGAUCUGGAGUUCUGUGGGGGUAAGAGAGACUUCGCAGGAUUCACCUCUCUUACGGAGCUAGUCCUUCAAGGUUGCCCCAAGCUGGUCUCAUCGUUGGUGGGUGAAACAAAAGAUGAUGGUGCCAUGGAAGUUGGAUUACUCCCACCAUCACUUGAAGACCUUAGUAUCACUUCUCUCCCAGAAAACUUGCAUUCCUUCACUCCUCAAGGCCUUCUCCACCUCAAAAAGUUAAGUCUACGUGAUGGCCCAUGUUUGAAGUCUGUCCAGCUGCAUUCCUGUACGGCCCUAAAGCAGCUGGAAAUCACGGGGCGUGUCGGGCUGGCUGUACUGGAGGGCUUCCAGUUUCUCAGCUCCCUUCGAAGCUUGGCGAUGGAGAUGAAUCCCGAGCUGUCUUGUGCAUGGGUUGUCGAACUGCAGGAGCAAGAACAGUGCAGCAACCAAAUUCAGCUGCUUCCUCCAUCACUUGAAGAACUUUAUAUCUGGAAUCUCACAGAUAGGGUCCAGUCCCAUCUUCUGUCCUGCCUUUCUGCCAUGACCAGUCUAGCAAUACAGAGAAGUCCAGAAUUGACGUCUCUACAGCUGGGAUGCUGCACGGCAGUGAAAGAGUUGGAAAUUGGAGACUGCGACUUGCUUGCGUCGAUCGAGGGCCUCCAGUUCUGUGUAAACCUGACAUCCUUGAAAGUAUUUAACUCCCCUGGCCUAGUUUCCUGGUUGAAGCUUGUGUCGCAGCAGCAAGGGGCCUCUGAGAUCUGGUCUGGACUGGAAACUCUUGAGAUUGAUGACGCAUCUGUCAUUUCCAUGCCCUUCUGCAAACAGCUCACAUCUCUAACACACCUAGAGUUCAGUUCUCGGGGUGGUAAACAGGGAGAGAGCUUGGUGAGUUUAACAGAGGAACAAGAGAGAGCAUUACAGCUUCUAACCUCCCUGCAAGAACUUCGAUUGUGCAUGUGCCCGAAUCUCUCAUUACUUCCUGCAAACUUACAUAGCUUGACCUCCCUUGAGACAUUAUCUAUCAUGCAUUGUACGUGCAUCAGAAGUCUGCCAGACAUGGGCCUCCCACCUUCACUCAGAUACCUUCAGUUAUCCAAUUGCAGUGAGGAGUUAGGUAUGCACUGCAGAAUUGUAGCAACGGAGAAGCUAAGGGUCAUGAUUGAUUGUCAGUGUGUGAGUUAAUCACCAUUGUUUACUUCCGAGGUACACCUUCGGAGCAUUUUGCCUACAGAAUUUGUUUACAUGCUCACCCUCUUCUUGCUAAAGGUUAUUCAUCUCUCUGAAGACUGCUGCCACCUGCCGCCUGAGAUGUUGUACAUAUCAUAUACCCAUUUGGCUUUCCACAAGCUACUCCAGCUGCAUGGUGGAUGAACGCAGGAAAUCAUAGGUUGAAAGUGGCAAGUCCUUUUUCUUCAUCUUAUUCUUGUCACUCUUCUGGUUGGUGGCUGACCGUGAGCUAUGCUAUAGCAAGCCUUACAUGGUUCGUUAUUCAGUAAGGAUCGCUGGAACAAACCUCACAUGGGAUGCUUAAUGUUAUCAUGUUACAUCACGGUAUUUGGAAUCUUCGGUAAACCAGGAUUACCUGAUGAAUGAUGACUACACUUUAGUUUGCUGAUUGCCUGGCUCUACCAUUUCUGGUGUGGAUUGGAAGGUGGGCAAUGUCCAUGAAAAACCGAAGGAGACUGUAGCCACCCGAGAUGUUAUACAUAUUUCUGCGCUCCCUGUUGCCAGCACAUUUGUGCUCCCUGUCACCAGCACAUUGUGCAAGUGCCAUAUACCCAUCUGGCUUUCCACAAGCUACUCUAGUUGCAUGGUGGAUGGACCAGGGACACCAUGUUGAAAGUGGCAACACUUUCUGUCUAAUCAGGGGCAUUAUGCCCUUUCCCUCAUUCUUGCGUCUUCUAGUUGCUGGCUGGCUGUGAGCUAUGCUAUAUCAACUGGCCGUGAGCUACCAUGAGUUUCGCUGUGAAAAAAGGCUGGCAGUUGCACUAGGUUUGUUGCUGAAGUAUUGAUAUUUUUCUCAGUAAAACUACACAGCAGAUUGCUGGAACCAACCUGACAUAGGAUGCUUAAUGUUAUCAUGCUACAUCACUGCAUUUGGAAUCUGCGUUCAACCAAGACUGAUUUACUGGUUGCCUGACUCUACCAUUUCAGGUUUGUUAUUCAGUAAACCCCCCGCAGCAGAUCACUGGAACCAACCUCACAUAGAUGCUUAAUGUUAUCAUGCUACUACAUCACUGCAUUUGGAAUCUGUGGUCAACCAGAACUGCCCAUUGAUUUGCUGGUUGCCUGGCUCUACCAUUUCAGGUGUGGAUUAGCAGUUGACCAUGUCCACAAAAAACUGAGGAAGGUACAGUAAUUCAGUUGGUGACGAUCUCCAUCUCAUACGGAAUAUGGACAUCUAUAUAUGAACCUUCCGGGAACUAAACGCUCAACCCGUGCCGUCGAACGAGUCGAUAGGGGUGGAUGUCCAUGGUGGGGUCGUCACUGAAUUUGACGUUGCUGGAGAUGUUCUCGUCGAGCUCAAGGCACCUGCGUUGAGAUACUAGGCCUUGUAAGAAGCUUUGGAUAAAAAGAUGGGAAAAGAAACCACCCUGUUUCUAUAACGGGGCAACAAAUAUUUUGAAAGCUAAAAUGCUACUAUUUGUGGAACGGAAGGAGACCACACCGUAAUUAAAGAUGGAAAGUAGUCGAAUCACGACAACACUCCGUUAUA